AGCAAAGCCAGCAGCUGCACAGAGCUGAGCGCAGCAGCGGCAGGAGGAAGUUGCCAUGGGCGGCGGCGAGGUGAAGCCCGGGAAGAGCCAGAAGGGCUCGGCGCAGAGGCACCUCAACGCCGGCUUCGUCGCCGGCGGUCUGCUCAUGCUCCUCGUCUACCUCGUCGCCCAGCAUUUCGUGGUCAGCGCCCCUCAUGUUGUCAUUACGGAGGCACAAGAGGUCGAGGAUAACAUCAAAGUUCAAGGUGAAAUAGCAGCAGAGAAUGGCAAGGUGGAAUGCAAGAUGGAGGGCCGCUCCGACACCUGCGAGGUCGACGGCGACGUCCGCACCAACGGCACGGCCCUGUCGGUGACCCUCGUCCCGGCGACCUGGUCGGAGCGCCGCGAGUGGAUGAUCCGGCCCUACUCGCGCCGGUUCGCCAGCCUCAGGAAGGUUGCCGUGACGCAGCUGCAGGACCCGGCCGCCGCCGCGCCGUGCACGGUGACCCACAGCAUGCCGGCCGUCCUGUUCGCGGUCGGCGGCUACGCGGGCAACUACUGGCACGACUACGCCGACAUCCUGGUGCCGCUGUUCGUGGCGGCGCGGCGGUACGGCGGCGAGGUCACGUUCCUGAUCAGCAACAUCCAGUUCAGGCCGCAGUGGCUGGUCAAGUACAAGGCCUUCCUGCGCGGGCUGUCCAGGUACGAGCACGUGGACAUGGACGCCGACGAGCAGGUGCGGUGCUUCCCGCACGUCACGGUGGGGCUCCGCCUCGACAAGGAGUUCAGCAUCGUCCCCGAGCUGGUGCCGGGGGCGCCCCUCUCCAUGGCCGACUUCACCCGGUUCCUGCGCGAGACGUACGCGCUCCCGCGCGGCGCGGCGGUGGCCGGCCCGGGCAGGAAGCCGCGGCUGAUGCUGAUCCACCGGGGCCACUACCGCCGGAUCCUGAACGAGCCGGAGGUGGCGCAGGCGGCGGGGUUCGACGUGGCGGUGGCGGAGCUGCGCGGCGACGCGGCCGAGGCAGAGCAGGCGCGGGCGGUGAACUCGUUCGACGCGGUGGUGGGCCUGCACGGCGCGGGGCUGACGAACGCGGUGUUCCUGCCGCCCGGCGGCGUGCUGAUCCAGGUGGUGCCGUACGGGAAGAUGGAGCACAUCGCGCGGGCGGAGUUCGCGGAGCCCGCGGCGGACAUGGGGCUCCGGUACCUGGACUACAGCGUGAGCGCGGAGGAGAGCUCGCUGAUGGAGACGCUGGGGCCGGAGCACCCGGCGGUGAGGGACCCCGACUCCGUCCACCGCCGCGGCUGGGACCAGGUCUUCGAGCUCUACCUCGCCAAGCAGAACGUCCGCAUCAACGUGACGCGCUUCGCGCCCACGCUGCAGGAGGCGCUCGACCACCUGCGCCAGCAGUAGGGGCAGGCGCCAUUGGCACUUGCAUAUAGCUCCGUGGCUGAUUUUUUUUCAGGAGGCUCCGUGGCGAUGGCUCCAUUGAGCUGUGAACACGAACAAGAUCACAAACAUCACAAGGCAUGUUUCCUCGCUGGCCUAUAUCGAAGCAGGAAUAAGGCCCAGGCCCAACCAACCAUAUAA